AUGUCGACCGACUACAAGUUUGAGGGAUGGCUGGGCCUGGACCCCGAUUCCGCCAAGGGAAACAUGAAGUGGGGAGAGUUUGAGCCCAAGAAGUGGACCGAGGACGACGUCGACAUCAAGAUCACGCACUGCGGCGUCUGCGGCAGCGACAUCCACAUGCUGCGCAGCGGCUGGUCCGAGACUCCUUACCCCUGCUGCGUCGGCCACGAGAUCGUCGGCAAGGCCGUCAGGGUCGGCUCCAACGUCAAGCACAUCAGCGUCGGCGACCGCGUCGGCGUCGGCGCCCAGGCCGACAGCUGCCGCUCCCCGGACUGCCCCGACUGCUCCAAGGGCCGCGAGAACUACUGCAGGCGCGGCGCCGUCAACACGUACGGGAGCGUCUACCCCGACGGCGGCGGCAAGUCGUACGGAGGCUACGCCGACUACAACCGCACGCCCGGCCACUUCGUCGUCAAGAUCCCCGACGGCCUGCCCUCCGAGUACGCCGCGCCCCUCCUGUGCGGCGGCGUGACCAUGUACUCUCCCCUCCGGGAGAAGGGCUGCGGACCGGGAAGCCGCGUCGGCAUCGUCGGCGUCGGCGGCCUGGGCCACAUGGGCAUCAUGCUCGCCAAGGCCAUGGGCGCCGACCGCGUCGUCGGCAUCUCCCGCAAGGCCUCCAAGAGGGACGAGGUCCUCUCCAUGGGCGCAGACGACUACAUCGCCACCGACGACGACAAGGACUGGGCCGCCAAGCACGCCAACUCGCUCGACCUCAUCAUCUGCACCGUCUCCAGCGAUAAGAUGCCCCUCGCCGGUUACCUCGGUACGCUCGACACCUACGGCCACUUCGUCCAGGUUGGCGCUCCCGACGGUGGCAAGUUCCCCGAGAUCAGCCUGUUCCAGAUCAUCUUCGGUGCCCGCAGCAUCGGCGGCAGUGGCAUCGGCUCCCCCGGCGAGAUCAGGGACAUGUUCCAGCUCGCCGUCGACAAGAACAUCAAGCCCUGGGUCGAGCUGAGGCCCCUGGAGGAGGCCAACGCCACCAUCGUCGACCUAGAGGAGGGCAAGGCCCGGUACCGUUACGUCCUGGUCAACAACAAGAACCUGUAA